AAUCUAUUGCAGGAAACAUGUCAGGGGGAUUAUCAGAGGGGUAUUUAAGAAGACAGCAGGACACUUCAGACCGACAUACCUGAACAGGAGAGACACCUGCAAGAAGCCGUUUGUGCUACUGCAAAAACCGAAACAUAAACAAUGGCAGACACAGCCGUCGCAGCUCCCGCCGACAAGAAGGCACCUCCCAAGUUCAAGCAGAGGGCCAUGCGUACCUUCAAGAGCAAGGCCCCCAAGCCAGGCCAGAAGGGGUUCGGAGACGACAUCCCAGGCAUGGAGGGUCUCGGCACAGACAUCACAGUGAUCUGCCCAUGGGAAGCCUUCGGUGACAUGGAGCUCAGCGACCUGGCGAAAUACGGAAUUGUCUAGAAACCCUCUCGUGUCUUCAGCACAAAUAUUAUACCUCCUUGCAUUAUUUUCCUCAGUCCUAUCCCAAUUGCCACCUUUACUUUCCUAAACCUCCAAAAGUACCUGACCCGAUGUCUGUUGUGUUAGGCAAGUGUGGAAUUUGGGGGGGGGGGUGGAUUACACAAAAGAUGAUCUAUGAAAUGACCAAAAUGGCAAGUAUGAUUCUAUAAUGAAUAUAUUGAAAUUAAUCUAUAUAUAUAUAUAUAUAUAUAUACUUCACUGAGGCACAGUAACUUCAAACAUCCCAACUGGCUUAACUUCCUCUUGUUACUGUUAAUCAAAAGGUACAUUUUGCUCCUAUCUCCUGCCUUUAUCGGUUUCCUGCCAUGACCAUCCCUCUUUGGAGAUAUUCCUUUUUAAUGUACAGCUAUUAUUGAUGCAAAGAUAUUUUUAUUUUUAUGAAAUAUGAUUGUAAAUGUGUACACCUUUUCAGUAGGAAUGGGAGUCACAGAGAAGUAGAGCUGUCAAUAAAUAUUUUCCCCAAGAAA